UACAGUUACACAUGUCUGCCAUGAGUCUGCGCCCAGGAGACGGACACGCAGAUUACACGAUUGGGAUCAUGGAAAUUUAACCGACAUGUAGAACUGAUUCACUCUAUUACCAUGUACUAUCUACAGACUAUCAAAAUGCAGACAUGUCAAAACAACAUAUUCUGCUAUUGUUGAUAUACGCCCGGGGAUAUAAGCGAGAUUGUGGUAAUAAUAAUCACUCGACCCUGACCUCUAGAUCAUUCAUCAACCCAAACACAUUUAUGUAUGCCACAAAGUAAAGAGGACGAUCCAGUCCCGGCAUCAGACGGCUGUAGACCGAUAUGGUCGUGGACGGGGUACUUAUACAUGUAGGUUAAGAUUCAUAGCUGGCUCGAUAAAUUCUGGAAAAUUUGAGAAAGGACCAUCUAAUCGAGAACGCACAUAAUCAAAGAAAAUGAUCACGAUCUGGGUUUUCUUUGAGAUCGUGAUGGGCAUGCCAUCUUUCAUCACGUUCUGCUUCUACAUGAUGAUGAUAUUCCUAUCGCUGCUUUGGCAGAGAAUAACCAAGCCCCUUGAUAUGCGACCUGUGCUUGUCGCAUACAACUUCAUCUGUAGUUUCCUGAGUUGCUGCACGUUCCUUGGCUUCAUCUAUUACGGCAUCGUCAAGAGUCCAUCACUGUACUACAUGAAGUACGUUGAGGGUCUGAGUUCCGUUUACUACCUUUACUACCUCACCAAGAACAUCGAACUAAUGGACACAGUCUUCAUGGUUUUAAGACACAAGCGGCGACAGAUCUCAUUCCUUCACGUCUUCCAUCACAGCUCAAUGGUCAUGCUGAGUAACUAUGCAGCCACAGUCACUCCGUGGCCCGCAAUCGCACCUUACCUCGGCAUGAACAGUUUCGUUCACAUUGUCCUCUACUUUUACUACGGCUUGACAGCCCUGCAACCCGACAACCCACCUCAGUGGAAAAAGGCUUUAACCCAGCUGCAAAUCGCCCAGUUUAUGAUUAUACUAGUAUUCACACUUUAUGGUUACCAGUUCCAUAAAUUCUGCGUAUACUCAAUAUUCUAUCCACUAAGUAUGAUGAUCCUUUUUUCUAACUUCUACUACGCUGCCUACCUUACACAACACCGGGAAAGGACUAAACCAUUAAAAAGUAAAGAUCCGUAACUAUUUCAUCUUUCACGAAAAUUCAUGAAUCAUUACAUCACAUUCGUGCCAGACGAGGCGCCGUGAUGACAUCAAGUCAUGUAAUAACAUGUCCCGUGGUCAUUGUCAAUGGUCAUCACACUGUAUAAUGUCCCAAUGCAUAUUCAUGCUAUUCCCUCUCAGGCAAAAGUAUCCAUCCAUGGAUCAUUGAUGGGUCCAUCGAUGGAUCUUUGAUGGUUAUCAUCAAACCAUGUUUUACAUAUACGUAUCCCAUAGAUUCUACGUUGGUCAAUGGCAAAUCCACUGAUUCUAAUAUAAUUCUAAUAUCCCCCCAAUUCUUACAUAAGUUCUUCGAUGGCCCUUCCAGAAUUCUAUGACGAAUUCCAUCCAUGGAUCAGUGAUGGACCCAUGAUUGUAGAUCGGACUGUAUGUGGUUCAAUCCAUGUAUAUACAUGUAUGAUGGAGAUUCUCCAUCAUCGAUCCAUGGAUGGAACCAACAUGGGUCUUUGAUGGAGAUUCUCCAUCAAAGAUCCAUGGAUGGGCCCAUGGAUGAAGCGUUGAUAAUUAAUCCCCGUCAUAAAUCCAUGAUGGACUUCUGCUUGUU